AUGGAGUACUUUUAUAAAAAGGCAUCUAGUCUACUUCCUGGUUCAUUGUAUCAUGAAGCCGAGGAACCUACUCAUGGUGAUAUACAGCAAUCAUCAUCCGCUGCCGAGCAACAACCGAUGGCUAGCACACAACGUGCAACGGUGGAUCAAAAUUCGACAUUUGUGGCACCUGAACCCACACGUGCCAAGCAAAGUGGAUUGCUCAGCAAGGACAACAAUCAAUUUGGAUCCGUUACAGGCAAGCAACCUGUAAAAGAACCAAGCAAGCCAAUGCCUACUACUACUACUACUGGUCAACAACAACAACAACAACAACAACCAGGAUCAGGAAUGGUGUCAAAAACCAAUGAAACAGGACCCAAUCAAGGCAUGGCUGCUGGUGGUGGUGGUGUACCCGAUCAUGAGGAUGAAUUUUAUGGUUCUGCGAUUGAACAAAGGAAAGCACCCAUGUCAAAUGCAGCACCCACUUCAAAUGUGACCCAACAACAGCAGCCACAAACAUCUGAUACGGCACCAACGGCUACCGGUACCCAUAGCAGAAAGGAUUCACGGGUGAUUUCUGAUAUGCCACCAUCUCCACACCAACAAGCUGCAGGGCAAUCAGAGACAGCUGCAAUCCCACCAUCAUCAUCACAACAACAGCAACAACCUUGUCAAAAAGUUCAAUUUAGCACUGAUGCACCACAACAAAAGCAAUCAUCAUCCCAGCCACCACCUCUCAAUACUAAGGCUCAACCAACAGCUGCACCUGUAGCAGCAGCAGCAACAACAACAGCAAACACAAACAAGAGUGAUGGCUCUUAUGCAGCUGAUCAAGGAUCUUUUCAUCCGGCAGAUAGCGAGCAUCCAGCAGGAAAAGAGAGCGCGCCUGUAACCGAUAAUGCUGUACCGCCUACACAACAACAGCAGCAAUCUCUUCCUGGUGACAAGCGACGUGGAUCAAAGGGAUCUGGACAUGGCAUCAAGAGCUUUUUCGAAAAGAUCACACAUCCAGGUCAUUCUGGUGGCAAAGGAGAGAGAAAAUCAUCGGCAAAUACGCAGCAAAAAGAUUUCAGCAAGUAUGAUAUCAGUUCGGCACAAAAGCAAGGUGGUUUCGCUGCCGGACCUAUUCCUGCCAAUGGUGGUUUGGCUGCAGCUGGUGUAGGUGGUGCAGCCAUGGUAACGGGCAUUGAAGCCAUGGAACAGGAAAAAGAACGACAACAUCAACAGCAGCCGAGCACACAACCGACAACAAAAGGAAAUGGCCGAGAUCUUGGCAAGUCAGGUGCUGCUGGUGAUAUACAACAACAACAACAUGUGCCACCUGAAAGCACCAAUGAAGGCAAUGGCAUGAAGCAACCUAAUGCUACUGGUGCUGGUAAUUCAACAAAUGCCACUGCUUUGAACCAGCAAGAAAGAACCAAUUUGGAUCACAAGGGUGGAAACAUCCAAUCGUCAACUACUACCGAUGAUAUGCAGCGUACCAAUCAAAGUGCUGGAAUGAAUAAUGCAAUGCAGCAGCAGCAGCAGCAACCUACUACAGCAGAUGCCACUAACCGACAUGAACCAAACCAAGUAACCGGCAACAACAACAACACCGUUGGUCGAAAUGUUGCACCGAUGCAACAACAGCAGCCAUCUGCUGCUGCCUUAGGACCACAAAAAAUGAAUCAACCAGCUGCUGGUGCACCACAACAACAACAGCCACAAAUGCCAACCACCACUGCCAAGGAAAAAAAUGCUGCAACUACCGAAGCAUCUCAGCAGCAAAUGCAACAACCCAUGUCAGCUGGUGAUGGUGGCACAGGUGGAGAUACUAUGACAACAACGGCUCCUAGUACGGACCAAAAGAAUCCAGCAACAGCGGGUCAAGGUGGUGCAAAGGAAGAACGGCAACAAUCCAUGACGCAAGAAGCAGCGGCUAUUCAACAAAGCAGUGGCCAAGAAGUACCCGUAUCCUCUCGAGAGAAUGGAGGAGAAACAAAGAAAUGGGUAUCAUCACCACCCAGCAAUACGGGUAAAGGAAUUGGCGGUGCUAUUGCUGGUGCGGCGGGUGCCACGGCUGUUGGUGCCGGCGUGGCGCAUGCACGCGGUGACACAAGCAAUUACAGCCACCCACAGCAACAACAGCAGCAGCAGCAGCACGGUCCGUCGUCGUCGGGUGACACAGCAGCACAAAAUGACGUUGCUGGGCAACAACAACAAGACCAAUCACCACCACCACCACCACAACGACGUCGUAGUAGUCUCCAAGAGUAUAUUUCAGGCAUGAUUGAUACACGACGUGGCUCAUUCAAGGAAACAUUGGGCAAAUUACUUCAUCGUGAAAAUUGGGAAAACGAUGGUCAAGCAUUACGUAUGCAUGGUCAGCAAAAGAUUGACGACUUCCAUGCUGCUCAACAAGCACACAAGAAAUCCAUUACUGCUAUCUAA